UUCAAAUCUAAGGCAUUCAGCCUGAAUAAUGUCGUUUUAUUUAUAGAAUGCAUUAGCCUAAUAAAAAUGUUGCUUGGAGACAUGUUUGACUUUAAAUGAGUGUUUUAUCCCUCUUAAUCAUGUCAGACUCCAAAAAUCAAAGUUUCAUGAUUCAUCGUUUACUUUUAAUAGAUCAAUUCUGUCCUGGGGAAAUGGAGAGUGAAUUGGAACAAGAUCAAGAAGCUACCACUGUGCUUUAUUUAAAUGAAAGUACAAACAUUUCAACCACAGAUUCGAGCUUGUGCAACAGCCUGCAGUGCUACAUGGUCCUGAGCACACCAGAGAAGAAAGCUAUUGGCUCAAUUUGCUUUCUAGCUGGUCCUGUGACUUUCCUGGAGAACAUUUUGGUCCUGGUGGUCAUUGCAAGCUCCGCCACUCUGCGCAGACGCCCAUCAUACCUGUUCAUCAGCAGCUUGGCACUGGCUGACACUUUUGCCAGCUGUUUCUUCACCAUCAGUUUUCUAGAUUUCCAUCUAUAUAGUAAAGACGACGGCGCUAAUAUCUAUCUGUUCAAGCUGGGUGGCGUCACAAUGGCCUUCACGGGCUCUGUGGGAAGUCUAUUGCUGACAGCACUGGACCGUUAUCUCUGCAUCUACCAGGCUUCCAAUUACAAGGUGCUAUUGACUUGCACAAGGGCCAAGCUCGCUAUAGUAUUAUUAUGGUGUGUAACGAUUAUAAUUUCAUUCCUUCCUCUGAUGGGUUGGAGGUGCACAACCUGGUUGGAUCCUCCGUGUUCCCGUCUUUUCCCCUAUGUGGAUCAUCACUACCUGGCCUGCUGGACGGGCCUGCAACUGGUGGUGCUCUUCCUUAUCACAGUGGCUAAUGCCCUCAUCCUGUUAAAAGCAAACCGGCACGAAUCAGCUAUGAGUGGACCAAAGUGUGGAAGGUCGAGCGUAAAAGGACAGGCUCGAAUGCGAAUGGACAUUCAGCUCGCACGUACCUUCAGUCUGAUCCUCCUAAUCCUCGCGGUUUGUUGGCUGCCUGUCCUGUCCUUUAUGAUGGUGGAUGUCAUGGUGACCCUUACGAAUAAACAACAGCGAAUGUUCGCUUUCUGUAGCACGCUUUGCUUGGUGAACUCGUGUGUAAACCCGCUCCUAUACGCUCUACGCUGUCGAGAGCUAAGGGGAGAACUGUUAGCACUGUUCAAAUGUUGCAUGGCAUGCAGGGAACAUACUUUGGGAAACGCAUAUAGCAUAAGAAAUGAAAAUAGUUCCGGCAAAAAGAGCAAGGAUCAGGCAGUGAGUAAUAGUAAUCCAGAUACUAUUUCCGAGAGUGUAGACAACCAGCAAAACAGCAUACAAAUUUCAUAAAGUUUUAUUUAUUUAUAAAAUAUUUUGUUCAUUAUUUUUAUCCAUUUUGCUGGUCAGAAGCUGAAAUAUUCCACAAAAUGUAGUUCUUUUUCAUCAUAGUAGGCCUUGCAGUUACAUUGUUUUGUGAUAAGAAUUUGCAGGAUAUCAUGUAAAGUGUGGAAAAUAUGAAAGGAAGAAGUUGGCAUACUUAUAAGAACUUUAACAUGAGCAAAACAUGCUUAUAAAUUAAAAGAACAUACAAGGUCAGUGUGUAGUAAGGUGGCUAUUGUGAUCAGCUUUUGAUAUAUAAUACUGUUUAUUCUUUCUACAGGAGUGCAAUUAUCUACUUAAGUACUCAGAACAGGCAAAUCACUUGCUAUUUUGUCCCAAACAUAAAAGAUGCCAAUAUAAACAGUAUAUAGAUUACACUGUGAAACAAAAUACCUUCAGCAUUAUUGAUGACUACAGGCAAAAACUUCGCCUCCCUUUUGGAUCGAUUGUACAAUAUGCUUUGUAGCACUACAUUCUGUAAUUUGUCUGCCUUGGCUGUAUGUAUACUAUAUCACAAUGAUAAAUGUUAUGAUACACUAAGUGCAUUAUUAUAUGUUGCUUUGGUAAGAAAGAGUCUGCUAAUAGAGCAAAAUCCAAUGUAAUUAGUGUAAUCUUAUAUUGACUUUUAAGGUCUUUUGCAUAAUUGUAUGUUCAAUAAAAUACUGUAUGCCAUAACUAUAAA